GCGGUGCGCGCGGGUGGAGCCAGCGAAGGCGGACUGCCACAGCCAGCCGCCACGUCGCGACCACGACCCGGCUCGGCUCGGCCCCGACCGGCUCGGCCCCGACCCGGCUCGGUCACCGCGGUGCGCCCUCGGCUCGGCUCGGAUGGCGCGGGGGACGGGCUGGGCGCCGCCGGGAAGUGAUGGAGUGACGCGUGUGGCUGUGAUUGAAGCUAUGCGAAGGAGGCGGAGGACCGCCGACUCGCCGGUGUAGGAGCAGGAGCAGGAGGAGGAAGAGGACGAGGAGGAGCUGGCCCCGCGCGCCGCCACGCCACCAGGGCAGCGCGGCGCACCGCCGAGUAGCCCGCCAUGCACGCGGCCACCACAGACCGGGGCGGCAGCUGGAAGGUGCCCGCGGACGACAUUGUACAAGUCGCGGACCCACGCUCGAAGAAGGACCAGGAUGAACCCGAGGUGCGCCUUCAUCACCAGGAGUCCACUUCAUCCACACUGCGGCGCUCGGCCGAGCCACAGCCUGACGCCACUGGCCCUUUGCAAUCUGUGCGGAAAAAGAUAAACGAGCUGCUGUACCCGGGUUCGGGGGACGGCCACAACUGGCGCUCCAUCAUCUUCUCGCUUCUCGUCAUCGGCCUGGUCAUCUCGGGCAUCGUCACGGCCAUCUACCUGCUGGGCUACGUGGACGAGCUGCUGUACUGGUCCGGGCGCCGUAUGCGGCUCGAGGAGCUGCUUGCCGGCGACCUGGCGAGCCAGCGGCUGCCCCCGGCCUGGGUCGACUCCACGCACCUCGUGUACCAGGCGGACGACGGCGCGCUGUCCGUUCUCGACACCACCAACAACAACGUUUCGCUGCUCGUCACCAACCACACCCUGAGACAACUGAACGUCAAGAGCUUCAAGUGUUCCCAUGAUUUGAGAUACGUCCUGCUUCAGCACACAGUAACGCAGAUAUUUCGACAGUCCUACACAGCCCAAUAUACAGUCUACGAUGUCAGUAACGACCACCACAUCCCGCUGCGCCUGGCGCACGCGCCCAAGGUCAUGCCGACGCCGCUGCAGUUCGCCUCCUGGCUGGGCAGCACCGAGGGGCUGCUCAUGAUCGUGGAGAACGACAUCUACCUCCGCAGCUCGCCGCAGGUCGAGGAGGACACGCGCCUCACGCACACGGGCCAGGCCAACGAGUACUACAACGGCGUGGCCGACUGGCUGUACCAGGAGGAGAUCUUGUCCUCCCCGGAGGCGGUCUGGCCGUCGCCGGACGGCUCCCACCUCCUGUACGCGUCCUUCAACGACUCGCUCGUGCGCACCAUGAGCUACCCUUGGUUCAGCCUGGCAGGGCAGGUGGCGCCAGGGGCGUCGUCGGCGUCCUUCUUUCCCGAGUCCAGGACCGUCCGGUACCCCACGCCGGGUACCGCCAACCCUGAGGUGAAGCUCUGGGUUGUUGUCGUCGCCAACACAACAGACCUGACACCCAUGGAGCUGAGGCCGCCGGCCGUGUUCGAAGACCAAGAGUACUAUCUGACGUCGGCGGGCUGGGUCGGCCAGGACAACGACAUGGUGGCCGCCGUGUGGAUGCGGCGCGCGCAGAACUUCAGCAUCGUCAGCGUGUGCAGCCCGCCUAACUGGACCUGCAUAGAGACGCACGCCGAGCGGGCACCCGACGACUCCUGGCUGGACCUGCAGCAGCAGCCGCUGUUCGCGCCCGGGGGUGACUCGUUCCUGCUGCUGGCCUCGGUGGCCGAGGACACCGAGUUCUACACGCACGUCAAGCUCGUGACGCGGACGCGAACGCGCACGGCCGUGCUCAGUCACGGGCGGUACGAGGUGACGGACAUCCUGUCGUGGGACACCGUGAACCACGUAGUGUACUACCUGGGCACGCACGAGCGCCAGCCCGGCCAGCAGCACCUGUACGUGGUGCGGGACCCGUCCACGGACGACCCGCGCCGCCUGGAGCCGCAGUGCAUCACCUGCGGACUCACGGGGCUCGUGGGGUCCGACCGGGACCACUACGUCAAUUGCACGCACUUCUCCGCCAUCACCGCGCCCUUCGACCCCGUGACGGGCGUGACGCACUACGUGCUGGAGUGCGAGGGCCCCGGGCUGCCGCUGGGCGGCGUGCACGUGGCCUCGACGCACGGCCUGCUGCGCCUGCUCUACAGCACCAUGCCGGCGCGGGCGGCGCGCCUCUCGCAGCUCGCCCUGCCCACCAUGCGCUCGUUCGAGGUGCCGCUGGCGCAAGGGCUGCGCGCCCAGGUGCAGCUGCUGCUUCCGCCGUCCUGGAGGGAGGAGCUCCGAGACGCGGCCUUCCCCGUCCUCGUGGAAGUAAACGGCAGGCCCGGGUCCCGGACGGUGACGGACCGCUUCUCGGUGCACUGGGGGACGUACAUGUCGAGCCGCUUCGACGUCGUGUACGUGCGCCUGGACGCGAGGGGCGCCAGGGGCCAGAGCAAGCGCGGCCUGCACCGCAAGCUUGGCGGCCCCGAGGUGCAGGACCAAAUCAGCGUCGUGAGAUACCUGCUCGACUCGCUGAAGUACAUGGACCGGACCCGGGUGGGCCUGUGGGGCUGGGGCUACGGCGGCUACGUCACGGCCAUGGUGCUGGGUUCGCAGCAGAGCGUCUUUCAGUGCGGCAUCGCGGUCUCCCCGGUCGCGGACUGGCUGUACUACAACUCUGCGUUCACGGAGCGCAUUCUCGGACAGCCCUCGGACAACGUGAAGGGCUACGUGGAGGCGGACGCGACGCAGCGCGCGCGCUCCAUCCCCAGCCACUCCCUGUACCUGCUGCACGGGCUGGCCGACGUGUCCGCGCCGUUCCUGCACGGCGUGACCCUGGCGAGAGCCCUCACCCAGGAGGGCAUCGUCUUCAGGUAUCAGAGCUACGCCGAUGAAGGUCACAAGCUUGAUGGUGUUAUGGAACACGUGUACAAGUCCAUGGAGGACUACCUCAUGAAGUGCCUGAGCCUCGAUGAAGACGCAGACCGACCUAGUCAGCCGUCAUAGUUAGACUUGCAAACAACCUUUCUAUUCCAUAUAGUUUUUUUACAGCAUUAAUGUUGAUCACACUUGUUACAACCAGUGAUAUUGGUUAUUUAAACUUUCGAAAAGGAUAGCUGAUAAACCAAGUCCAAAGGCAAUUGGGAAUAAUUUGAGUUUGUGAAUGAACAUUCAAAAGUUAAGCUUGAGCUGUCGUCAAAAUAACAAUGCAGUAACUGUUUACUGGUCUUGCUGAUGUUUAAAUAUGAUGUAGUGAAUUCUUUGUUUACUGUUUGUUUUUUUAUACAGUUAGCUACAAAGAAUUUUGGCCUAACAUGAAUGUUUUUGUAAUCUGUAAGCAAUGCUCUUCCAUUAUAUUUUCUAGUCAAAAUGUUCUUAGUCCAGGAUUAUUUUACUAAUUUUAAUUAUUGGCUCUUUACUGUGUGGAUAUUUGUUGUACAAAAACUGACAAGCAUUUUGUUUGUUUCAACUACGCUUAGCAUGCCACACAUGUCCAAAUAUGUCUCAUAAUUAUGUGAUAGAACCCUCUUUUAUGCAAGAAGAAAAAUGGUUUUGAUUUUGAAACAGUACCUGGUUUGGAACUAAAUGAAGUACGCUGUGCAUUUUUCUACCAUUGUGAAUCAGCAUGUAAACGCUUUAUUAGAUAAUCUCAAGUGUAGUUGUUUCCGGUCUUUGUUUUUAGUUUUUUGGGGCUCUUAAUCACUCUUGAAUUGGGGCCUACUGCCAAAGCAAUAUUAUUUUCUUUCUGAUAACCAUUGUUUCGUCAGAUGUGGUUUGAUGUAGAAAAGCAAUGUUAUUAUGUCCAUCCAAUUGCAUAUAGAGGUACAUUCAAGACCUUCAUUUACAAUUCUAAGACAUAUUUCAAAGACUGAAUGAAAUGAGCAAAAUCUCACUGAGGUUAUAUAUAGCUUCCUCCAAAACCAUUAAAGUGCUCUGAUUCAAUGCUAACAUUUAGUGCUGAGGACCAUUAUUAUUUUGCAACCUUCAUAAGGUUCUUUUCUUUUGUGUUUCUACCUUGUGCUACUGUCAAUCAACCCAGCUCCAGCCUCAAGUCAGUUAGAGCUUCUCAAAUUUGUAUAAAUUCUGCAAAGAAAUGCCAACCAACUUCUGGCACGUCGAGGCGACAUGUGACGUCAUAGCCUGUGUGCCAUAGGCAACCCGCACAACAGCGAUGAAUGUUGGAUCCGUUUGCCUGCCUACCGGCGGUCUUCAUUCAGUUCAGAGAUUUUUUCUCUAGUUAUUAGAUAAAUUGUGACAAACUGUGAUGUCUGCUUUGAAAAAAGGAACUUUAAAGGCUUUGGUGCUGAGAUAAACUUUAUUUAUUUAACUAAGACUUUGAUGACAGCCAACUCAAAAUCUCAAUUACUGAUUUGCUGGAAGGCAAUGCUUUUUGUGUUUUCCAUCUGCCGACACUCAAUGUUUAUAUGAUCAAUGUUCAUAGCACUAAUAGGUCAAUUAUAGCAUUAAGGGCGCCCAGGCGUCACUGGGGUGUUUGUUCGUGUUGUCAUUAGAAUGUUGGAAUUAGUAUUGUUUAAUGUAAAUACAUUGAGAGAGGGAUAUUGAAAGAAAGGGAAAGGAGAGGAAGGAUUAUUCAGUGUGCCGUAAGUGUAAGAUGUCUGAAAGAGUUUAAGUGCCUUUUUUGUCCAUCACUUUCCUGACUGGCGGGCCGGUUGUAAGACUUCUUCAUUCAAAUCAAACUGAAUUGUUCACUUCAUUCCAAAAUAAGAGGUGAAAGUGGCAGUGUUAUAUUGACAUCAUGUAUAACAAUGGCCGACAAUAAAGUUUCUUAAUCGGGUUACAAACAUUAAGGAAUAAUGUCUUUUAGGCUAAAUAUUACUCCUGCAAAUUUCGGUUUAUGGUUGUCGUGAAGUGACAGGAUCAAAACAGGCCAUACUGUGUGAUGUAGAGCUCAAGAUAGUGGAAAAUGAGUUAUGAAAAUGCGUUCAUUCAGGGUACUGCUUUUAAUGGUAAUAUUUAUAUUACUUUAAGAACCUCAAUGUAUGUUGUCAUUUGUUGUCUUAAUGUAAGGAAAGUCCCAAAACACUUUAUACUGUGACUUUGGAUACAGUGGUCUCCCGGACAGCUGCACAGAAAAUAACUCCUUUGAACAGGAAACUCACACUGGGUAUUAGAUGAUAAUGUACAUCUACCCUCAACUUAAACUCAGCUAGGAGAGGCCUUACUACGUGUUAAGCUGACAGUUUGCAUAAAGUAUAGUUGUGCGGGGGUCCACUGUAAUUUAACGUUUCCAGUUUCAAACUUGUGAUCUAGACUUGUUAGUCGGAAUUGUUGAAAUUGUGUGAAUGGUUUGUUAUACAUAUAUGUUUUAAUUAGAAAGUAAACAUUUUUGGACUUCUUGUUAAUGAUUGAGAAUCAAAAAGCAAUAAGCUAAUAACUCCUUUUCUGAAAUAUUGUUUCUUCAAUGAAUGGAUUCUAUCAUUUAAAUUUCUUCAUCAAUAUUCUCAUUGUUUCUUCUAUAUUCUGCUUCAUUUUGGUUGAGCUGCCUUCAUAAUCGUUUAUUGAUUACUCUUAACACUUUGGUAAUGCCUUUGGUUAUAGCCCAAAAUCAUUAUUAAAGAUGCCUCAACUGGUUUGUUUUGAUCACAAAAUUAAUCUCUGUUUUGUUUUAAAGGCAAACUGUGUUAAGCAAUAACUGGUUCAUUACUUACUGUAUGAGUUUUGUUUGCUUUCAGCUUUUAAUUGUUAAAUGUGUGUUGUCAUAGUGUGUGUUUUUGCUUUUUAUUUCAAGUCAAUAAACACAGCUACAAACAUUUUCACUGCCCAAAGAGUGGAUAUGAUAUCAUGUAUAUAUACUGCAUUCUGUAGAAAGUAUACAAACAUUCUAUUCUAAUUCAUAUCCAACUGAGCAGUGAAAUGGUAUUGAGAGUUGCGUGAAGUAAAAACACAAUCAAAGCAGAAAAUAGAAGGCAAUUUAGACGUUUUGUCCAUAGGACAUCUUUGUCUGUUGUACAUCUCUUUCUCAUCUAUUUCCUGUUAUGGAAGUGUGUGAAUGAGGCAGCAGUUGCUGGUGUGACUCAACCUGUUUUAUACCUGAUGAUAUUUUGUAGAACUGUUAUAAAUUUGUCUCGUUUUGCGCUGAGACAAUCACUACUACGGUUACUUCUUUCAUGAUAUCUACAUUUAUUUCUAUUAGACAUUUCCAAUAAUGUGAUGGGGAAUUUUCAAACCUACAUAUUUGGUUCUUUAAUCUGGUGUCUUGUUACCAUGAAUGUUUUGUUUCUUUUAUAUAAAUAUAACUACUAAGCUCA